AUGCGUACGAUUCUUCGAUUCGCCAAUCCUGUAAGUUUCAUUUCAUGUUUUGGUGGACUAAUAUUGUUUACUUCAAUUAUUCCAAUAUUUUUAAUACAUCAAAAAUCAAGUUCAUCAGUCAUAUCUUCCAGUAAUCCAUUUUCAACGGAAUUUAACAUGAAUUAUCUAUUAACAGAUAUCGAUUUCAGCGCCAUGUCCAUAACAGCUGACGAUAUGGCAUUGAUUUUCAAUGAAUUCAAAGAUCAAGCCUAUUCUUUAAAUAGAAAUGGUUUAAUCAUAACAUCAAUGAAAAAAGUAAAUACAACGACUGAACGUAAUCAUUUAAAACAUGUUAUCCCAUACGAUAAAUCAAAUACAGCAAUGGAAAUCCUUCUAAUCAUGCGUGUUCGUUUACAAUAUCCAAAUAAUUUUAUAUGUAGAUCAUCGAUCUGCGCAAAAAACUAUUUUAUGAUUAUUCAUAACAAACUUCAAACAAUCUCUGCGUUUACAGUGAAACGUCAAAAUGGAUUUAAAAUGAAAUUUAGUUUAUGUUCAAUUGAAAAUUUGAUAUGUACAUUUAUGCCUACAAGUCGUAUUUCAAGAUUCGGUUUAAGUAAAUAA